AUGCUCCUCGAAGAAACCCAUAUAGAUGUGCCGACAAAGGCAGCAGGGGAGGGUUCAAUGCGAAUCUUCGUCUUUCAUCCCACCAUCGCUGGGUACCCGAAUGCAAAGUUCCCCGGGGUCGUGGUGUUUUCGGAAAUCUACCAAGUGACCGGCCCCGUCUCCCGCUUUGCCCGCCAAAUCGCCGGACAAGGCUACAUCGUCGCAGCGCCCUCAUGCUACCACGAAUUCACGGGACCCGAGCCGCUCGCCUACGACGGCCCCGGCACCGACGCGGGGAACCUCUGGAAAAUCACCAAGAAGGUCGCCGCGUACGACGAGGACGCCCAGCUGGCCGUGUCAUACCUGCUGGGCCUGAAGACGUGCAACGGCCGGAUCGGCGCCACGGGUAUGUGUCUCGGCGGCCACCUCGCGUACCGGUGCGCGCUGGACUCCCGGGUCAAGGCCGCCCUGUGCUUCUUCGCCACGGACAUCCACAGCAGCACCCUCGGCGAGGGCAAGAAGGACGACUCCCUCAAGAGGGCGGGCGACAUCAAGGGCGAGCUGGUCAUGAUCUUUGGUACGGCCGACAACCACGUCCCCGCCGAGGGGAGGGACCUCAUCCGCAAGACGCUGCGCGAAAAGGGCGUCGCCUUCUCCUUCUACGAGGUCCACGACGCCCAGCACGCCUUUGUCCGCGACGAGCUGAGCAAAGGCCGCUACGACCCGGCCAUCACAAAGGUGUGCUUUGAGAUGCUCCUCGAACUCUUUAACCGGAGGCUCAAGGUCGAUCUGGGCGAGCCGAGCGGCGAGAAGCUGGUCGUUGAGGACAUCUGCUGA